AUGUCUCCCGCAGUUGAUGACAAUUUUGACAGCACAGGCUUCAUACGCCAUUUCAUGAAGACUAUAGCAGUUUGGUUGGAGCUUAAUUAUGUACAUGCCCCCUGUGCUUUCCAACUUAUCUCAGAUUACCACCUGUGGUGGAAAACGUCUCAAAGUACCCCCCAACGUGCAAAAAAUUGUCUCACGUUACCCUUUCCGUCAGUUUUUUUGAAGUUCCGUUACGAACGUUACUGUUUAUCUCCCCCAAAAUUCCAGAACAGCAGCUCCUCCCAUUUGUUAUUGUUCAUCGCACCAGUUUUUGGGCUGCCAUCGCCUCCUCCGGCCACCCCAAGCGACGACAUGGAUAUCAAAAAAACCAGCACGUUGUCCUCUACCACCCUCACAUCUCAGCCGCUGCCAACCGUCGUCUGGAUCACCGAAAAAAGCAAGAAAUUGGCCGGUUUUUACCCAAAAUCUCCAUUGCUCGUUUGGGCGAUUCCGAGCACCAUUUUCUUCGAUCCAGGUAUGAUUUUUCAACCUCUCGAGUUGUUCUUGCUGCUAGUUGUGUUGGUUAGGAGAAAUUUCUGA